AUUGUCAACUAGUAUUUAGCUUUUGAUGGCAAUGAUCUAUAUAGGUCAUGGUUUCCACAGCGAAAGAGGUUGCAAAGGCCAACCGUAGUCAGAUUGGUUCAACCAGUAAAAGUGCCGAAAAACAGAAAAAGGCACACGAAGACUUACCUUGUGGUAGCAACGCUCCCUCGGACGUGGUGGAAAAAGGGUUUAAAAGAAGUAGCAAGGGUGAGACCAGAUCGGCUACGCAUUCUACUGUUAACAAGAGGAAGCCAAAUGAUUCGGCAAGUCUUCAUGAGACAGAUAUGGAGCCUACAAACACAUUACGGGUGCCAACACAAUGGACCAAGAAGCAGCGGUCUGUACGCGUGUGCACGGGUUAUAAAUUUGCUAGUACCUCCAACAACCAGUCCUCAUCCCAAGCACAAGUUGUUUCUAUGCCAACUGAGACACAACGGCCUAACACAGAUGACCAAACAACACCUGGUGGCGGCUCUGGAGAAAAUAGAAUUGUAAACGGUGAAUUAGGUUCAAAUUCUAAUGCUCCGCCCUUUGACCUAAAUGAGGAGCCAGAGCCAGUAGGUUCAAAUUCUAAGGCUCCGCCCUUUGACCUAAAUAAGGAGCCAGAGCCCGAUCCGGACGAAGAGUGGAAUUGAUUCCAUUAGAUUGAGAACUACAUGUUUAAACUUGUGUUGAGCUUGAAAACUUCAUUUGACAAAAGAUUUAAUUAUGCUUUUUUCCUGUUGGAUCUUUCUUGUUUCCUAUUUUGAAUGUUUUUGGUUGGUUGUAUGUAUAUAUUCUAAUAUCUGAAUUGUAUGUUUUA